UCAGAAGAAAUGGAUCUGGCAAGUUUGUCAUCACACAUUAGCCAACAACGUCAGAAUGUGGAGUUAGAGAAAGCAAAACAAUCGUUUACAGUUAAAACGGGCGUUUACUAUGAUACAAGUGGACAACGUCAUACCACUAAUGACCCUGGCAUUCAUUUUACGGAAGCCGAUCCGGUUAUUUUGCAGCUGGCUCAAACUGGCAAAGCAAUACCCGGCUCUGGUGUUUUAGAACGUAAACCUCUCAGUGAAUCACAGAAAACAGCCCUUUACAAAGCAAAAAAGUAUGCAAUUGAAUUGAGUUUGAAAAAUGUUAUUAUGAAACAGAGCAUGGUUCAUCAACAACAACGUGUUCAGAGUCUGCAACUCGCCGCAAACAAGGAGAGAGCCAUGAGUCUCAUGUGUCGAAUCUACAUUGGAUCAGUCUACUAUGAGGCAAACGAAGAUGCAGUGUCUGGGAUGUUCUCACCGUUUGGACCUCUUAAAAGUGUCUGCAUGACUUGGGAUAAUGUUACAGGUAGACAUAAAGGUUUCUGUUUCCUUGAGUAUGACAUACCCGAAGCAGCACAACUCGCUCUUGAGUAGAUGAACAAUGCAAUGUUGGGAGGGAGAACAAUUAAGGUGGGCCGACCUUCUAAUAUGCCACAAGCUAUGCCGAUCAUCGAGCAAAUCAUUGAGGAGUCUAAAAACUAUAGCCGAAUUUUCGUUUCCUCACUGCAUCCCGCUCUGAAUGAAAACGACGUCAGAAGUGUAUU